UAAGCAAAUCUUCCCGUCAGCCUCGUAGAAAACCCUAGCCGUCUUCUUCUUCUUCUUCAGCUCGCACGCUUAUAUAAAAGCUCAAAAACCCUAAGCGUCACGGCUUCCAGUCUCUCCCCUCUCAGACGGCGCGAAGAUGUCGAAGCGAGGGCGCGGAGGUUCGGCGGGUAACAAGUUCAGGAUGUCGCUGGGUCUGCCGGUGGCGGCCACGGUGAACUGUGCAGACAACACCGGGGCCAAGAACCUGUACAUCAUCUCCGUGAAGGGAAUCAAGGGGCGCCUGAACCGUUUGCCUUCCGCUUGCGUCGGAGACAUGGUGAUGGCCACCGUGAAGAAGGGGAAGCCUGACCUCAGGAAGAAGGUGAUGCCGGCCGUCAUUGUGAGGCAGCGCAAACCGUGGCGCCGAAAGGAUGGGGUUUACAUGUACUUCGAAGAUAAUGCUGGGGUCAUUGUUAAUCCAAAGGGGGAAAUGAAAGGUUCUGCUAUUACUGGCCCUAUUGGAAAGGAAUGCGCCGAUUUAUGGCCGAGGAUUGCAAGUGCAGCGAAUGCAAUCGUUUGAGAGUUUGGUUGCUCGGUUUUCACAUGACGACUAGUGGAUUCACUUUUUGAUGAAGAGUGAUGUGGGUUUGUUUGCAGUUACCGAAUUUUGAUAGGUAUUGUUUUUUAUGUAGGACUUUUGUGUUGGAUGGUGUUGACGUGUCAAUGCUUAGCUUCGGAUAUCUGAACAGUUUAAUGCCUUAAGGGAAUGACUUUAUGUUUAGAGAUGUGAUCAAUGUUCACGAGGAUAUGGUUCUUUCUUUUCCA